GCCAGGGCGGCCCGGCCGGGAUGCUCGUCGGCGCCGGGAGACCAUGGCCCUGCGGAGGCCGUCGCCGAACGACAACGGGAGGCGAGACUGCGAUUCGAAGAAGAAAAGGAAAGAAGCUGAGAUCUGUCAGGUGCUGAACAAUGACCCCGUCGAUGUCGCUGCCCUCAGGCGCAUGGCCAUCAGCGAAGGGGGACUCUUGAUGGAUGAGAUCCGCUGCAGAGUGUGGCCAAAGCUGCUGAAUGUGAAAACAGAGGACCUACCCCCUCCACCAGGGAAGGAACUCCGGGAGGACAACAAAGAUUACCAGCAAGUGUUGUUGGAUGUCAGGCGAUCCCUCCGCCGUUUCCCUCCGGGCAUGCCGGACGAGCAGAGGGAGGGGCUGCAGGAGAAGCUGAUCGACAGCAUCCUUCAGGUCCUGCAGCGCAACCCACAGCUGCACUACUACCAAGGCUACCACGACAUUGUGGUCACCUUUCUGCUGGUUGUCGGGGAGAGGCUGGCCACAGCCCUGGUGGAGAAACUGUCAACCCAUCACCUCAGGGAUUUUAUGGACCCAACGAUGGAUAACACCAAGCACAUCUUAAAUUACUUGAUGCCCAUUAUAGACCAGGUGAAUCCGGAGCUGCACGACUUCAUGCAGAGGGCUGAAGUGGGGACCAUCUUUGCCCUCAGCUGGCUAAUCACCUGGUUUGGACACGUCCUCUCCGACUUCAGACACGUGGUGCGGUUGUAUGAUUUCUUCCUGGCCUGCCACCCACUGAUGCCCAUCUACUUUGCAGCAGUGAUUGUCCUCUAUCGGGCAGAGGAGGUCCUGGCCUGCGAGUGUGACAUGGCUUCCGUCCACCAUCUCUUGUCCCAGAUCCCACAAGAUCUCCCAUACGAGACCUUGAUCAGUCGAGCCGGGGACCUCUUUGUCCAGUUUCCCCCAUCGGAACUUGCCCGGGAGGCCGCACAGCAGCAAGCCGAAAGAACGGCCGCGUCCACCUUCAAAGACUUCGAGCUGGCUUCGGCCCAGCAGCGACCGGAUACCGUUCUGCGGCAGCGCUUCCGAGAGCGACUGCGGGCCGAGGAGGGAGCCAAGUCGCUCAUGACGACGAAACCAAGGACCAACCGCUUCGUCAAGUUGGCCGUGAUGGGGCUGACGGUGGCGCUGGGCGCAGCGGCUUUGGCUGUGGUGAAGAGUGCCCUGGAGUGGGCCCCCAAAUUCGAGCUGCAGAUAUUUCCGUGAGAGUCUGGGGUGUGGGAGGAGGAGAAAAGUUCCCGUCUUGAGGCAACCAUCACACCCCACUUGGCACAGCUGGAGUGGAUGGAUUCAAAUGAAGGGGCUCAGAAGCGUCUCAUCCCCUGCCUUCCGCAACCUGCCUUGCUACUCCCAGCUGCCCGGGCCCAACCAUGCUGCCUUCUGGCCUGAGGGCGUCUACACAGGUCCGUCAGCCUUCCCAGGCGUUCCUCUGGGAAAGACGGAAGGGAUCACUUUGUACCGCCUGCAGGGCUGGAGAACUUUGAUUUUUUUCUCUGCUUCCCACCUGGUUGAUGGGGCUGCGUAUCUAAGUAGUGGCUGGGCUAUCGGCACUCCAGGAACUCUUUUCCUCUCUGUGGCAGUUUGGGGGAAAAGGAAAGGAAGCAGUAGUGAGCAUUUUCAGGGACCGUGUUGGUUGCUUCUGUAGGGCGAAUUAAAACGGGGCAGGGAGAGACGUGACAGGAGCAAGCUUGAGGGAUCCACCUGCUUUCCCUGCACACGUACUCUGCUGUUUUGCAUUCCCACAUGUAGAAGAGGGCAGCAGUUUCUAGCAAGGCAAAGUGACCUCUUCCUCCUUUCUGCUGCAUAUGGCUUUUGUGUUGCUACCUCUCCGUCGGGUUAGCUUGCAGCGUACGAACGUUCGGUCCUGCCCAACAGGUAGCUGUCUUCCAGCCACACUCCAAGCCAGGAACUCCUCUCGGCCCGGAAGGCUUGUGCCCGGUGCCAGGACUGCGUUGCACCUCCAAGUGUGCUUGACUGGGGCUUUGCAAGUUAAGUUUUGUGGCUCCCUUACGGAUUUAGAAAUAGCCUUAUGGGAUGAAAAGGGGGUGGGAAUCGUCCGGCUAAGAAAAUGAACCUGCUAUGGAAAACUAACUCGUUAAAAGAUUUUUUCCUACAACCGGAAACAAAACUAUGCAUUGUCCUGCUGGGCACUGUGAGUGAAGGACCGUCCCACAAACUCCUCCCAACGUCCCAUCAAUAAUCCCAGAUACACCUCUACCUCCUUCCUCUACUAAGGAACCCUUUCACAAGUGUCCUUACCUAACCUGUACACUACAGGCAUUGUUUUUCUGAGAACGACAAUGCCUUGGCGAUCUCGGACCCAACGCAAUCCUCUCAUUGGCUAGGGAUGAGCCGGUGCUGCCGCCUGCCGAGGAGGAAAGCCUUUGUGGAGUGCAGCAAGCGCAUUUUUCCUCACCACCUACAGCGGAGUCAUUCCUUGUGUGGCUUCCAGCAUGGAGAACGAGGUGCAGCGGCUGCCCACAGAAGCUGCGUUGCCUGGAGCUUAUGAAGUCAAGCACAGGAGAAAGGCUGACCGCUCACCCGUGCAUGCGUUUCUUUUGAGACCCUUCUCUUGCUUGCAAGGACGCCGAACUCUCUGCUACUUUGGGAUUUGCAUACCCAGGAAGAAAGGCAGAAGAACAAAGGGGUCUCUUCUGCUUGCCGGGUCUUUCUCCUCGCCACACCAGUGAAUGACCCAAGAAAAACCUGUUUCCCUCGGGGUGGAUUGUUCCCGCUGUUCCUGUAAAGGCGCAGUCUCUCUUUCGAGCUUCCCAGACGCCUGCAACCAAGCCUUGUUUUGUGCACCUUCUGUGGGAAGUCACUGCUAGAAGCUCCGCCCCAGCUGCCACAGAUCUCAGAGCAUCCAUGCUAGCACAGCCUGGCAUCAGGAGAUCUCAGAGCAUCCAUGCUAGCAUCAGCCUGGCAUCUGCAGCAUUGGGAAUGGGGCGCCAGAACAUAGGAUGAGCAUUGGAGAAGGGGGGAAGGGCAGCAUCCAGGGCGGGUGUUAGCCGGUCCAGAGUUUGCAAAGAAGUUUUGGGAAGGAAGAAUUGUAAACUGUUUUUGCUAAGCAGUGUGUGAAAAAUCUAGGUUGGGGACCUUCCUUUCCCCUUCUUGCCUUAGCAGAAAAACAACUUAACAGUGGGCAACUCUCACCUUUUGGGAUAUCGUGACAGAGAGAGGUUGUGGCAUGAGGCUCAUAUCCUCUGUUGCCAGGGUCGCUUCAUUUUGUUGAAACAGAAAAGAAAAACACUCCCUUCCCCCUGUCACGGCAUAAACCCAAACCUUAGCAGAUUUAGAAACUACUUUGUGGCCGAAGCUAAGGAAGUGAAACUUGGGCUGCAGAGGGGAGGGGGAAAUCUUCAGUUUUACAGCAUCUAUCUUGUAAGCUUAAAUCCUCUGGGGCAGCUUAUACAUAAUCAGCAGAAUCUCCUAGGGUGUUUUCAGCACUGUUCCACUUCAGACUCUGCCCUCCCCCGCCCAGCUCUUCCCAUCAACCAUCACCGUUUACCACUUAAUUCUAUGGGUUGUUAGACUGGCUCCAAGAGGGCUCAGAAAUUCCAUGGCUUGAGCAAGGAGGCAGGCUGUCAUAGGUGGUGGCUGCCCGUCCUCCAUGGUGAAUCUUUGAGGACGGGUGAACCCGACAGCCACAUGGCCACACCCGGUGGCCAUUGCAUUCAAACUGAAGUAGGCAUCUCAGCCACCUUUCACCAUGGAUGCAUUUGAGUCACCGCAGCCUUUCAUGAGCCCCCAGUGGCCCUGAAGAUGUAAGACCCCACCCCCACUGGCUCAGCCUCCUGGGUGUGAAUUGAAUGGUUACCGCGUCUCCCACCCUCUUAGCAACAGAAGCACCAUAUAGAUCGGCCUGGCACGGCAGGAACACUCUCCAAGCCGUCAGACGUCCCACACCAGCCUUGUAUCGGGGCUCUUUUCAGCAGUCCCGUGCAGGCAGUGAAACCAAGAGAUUUUAUCAAACCCUUCCUUGGCUGCCGUAUGUUGCUGGUUAGCUGUAUUUGGUGCGGUGAGCCACAAGCUGUGUAAACCCAUUACAUGGCAAAUCCAGACGGCAGAAGGGGGCGUUGCACAACCCAAAAGGGAAAUAAGGUGGGGAGGGGCACAGAAAGAAUGGCUUCCAGCCAUACUGGCAGAAGCAGGCAGCAAUGAGGCUCUGGUAGAGUGGCAUGAUCAGGAACGGACCCUCUCCUCAACUUUUCCAUCUUCGGUGUGUGGGGGGAAGCAGGUGACCCCCCCCCACCCCAUCAGAGAAUUGCUUGGUGAGCUGGCUACUCUGUAUAAAGAUUAUACAUAUGUAUGUAACAUGCAGAUUUGUACAGGGCCUGUAAUUGUGUAAAAAUAAAUGCUAUUAACAGCCAUUUACUAA